AUGAUGAAGGAGGAGUGCAAAGCGCUGCUGGACGCGCUCAACAAGGUGACCGCUUGCUACCGGCACAUGGUGCUGACCAUCGGCGGCACCUCGGACUCCCAGAACCUACGGGAGGAGCUCAAGAAAACCCGGCAGAAAGCCCAGGAGCUAGCGGUGGCCAACAGGAACAAGCUCACCACGGUCCUGAAGGACAAAACCGUGAGUAAGGAAGAUAAAGCCGAGUUCGAGAGGCUAUGGGUGAUUUUCUCCACGUGCCUAGAGAUCCUGGAGAUCGACAUGAGGAGAGCCCUGGAGCUGGGCCACGAGUUCCCACUAAACGUCCCCAAAAAGCACCUGAUCCAGACAGGCAUGAGCGGGGGAACCUCUGGCGUGGCCGCCAGGGCGAUGAGUGUCCAGAACAUGAAAUACGAGGCUGAGCACAAUAUAGACGUGGUGGAUUUGAAAGACCUCGAGAACGAAAUCAACCAGGUAGGAGAGAUGAUGUACGAGAUGGAAAUGAAGGUCAAUGUCCCCCAGUGGACAGUGGAGGCUAAGCAAGACCCAGGGGCUGAACUAAAAUCCACCGUCAGCGCGGGUGCUUCUUCUAUUGGCAUGAUCUCUGUGGAGGAAAAUAAAUCCUUCUGCGAUAUCAGCAAAGUUCUAGCUGGGAUUAUUUUCUCCGCUGUGCUCAUUAUCGCUAUUGUCCUGGCAGUGUGUGUGGUAAAACUCUCUUAGGGUGGUGCAGGCUCUGGCAAGAGCGAC